GCGCGGGGGCGGCCGGCACUCCGCCGAGUGUGCCGCCCGAGUGAGCCCGCGCCCCGCCCGGCGACCCCGGCCCUCGCGGCCUCUCAGCGCAGCCCCCGGCACCAGGCUCGCAACACCGGUCCAGCCCCGCCGGCUUAAGACAUGGAAAUCGUGGGCGAGGGUCGCAACUUCCGCCUGGUUCCCGAGCACGAGCUGCAAGGCGUCGCCGACGAGCUCGCGCGGUACAUGCCCGAGUCACUCAAGUUUCAUCAGACGAUACAAACAUAUCUGAACAACAAGGUUUGGGAGUUCCAUUUCUACGUGGCGAAGAGCUGGCCCGAAGACCCCAUCUGUCUUCACUUCCCAGGGUGCACCAGCACUGGUACCCUAGGCUUUCGUUUCCGAAAUUAUAAGCUCGUUGAAAAGGAGGCGCUAGAGUGUGAUACUGCGGAGACGUUGCAGCCAGACUGCGAGAACAUCUACGAGAGCGUGACUGCCUUCUGUCCGUCGGACCGCGCCGAGUUAGUGGACCUACUGACCAGUGAGGAUAUACUCCUAGACCUGACGGCUCCCCUGUACCUGAACUUCACUCAUGAGGCCAUCGUGGAGCGCCUGGAGCGGCGCUACGAGGCGUGCGAGAAGAUCGCGGGCGAUGUGUAUGUGUGCGACUCGCCGCCCGAUGACACGCAUACUGACGAGCUGCCACCGGCCGUGGAGCUAGUGCGUCUCCAGCCGGAGCACAUGAAGGCGGUGCACGACCUGUACCCCGCCAGCGACAUCGAGUGUCGAGAAGUGUUCGAGAAGCUGGUUGCUGAACUCCCAGCGUACGGCAUCUUCGUAGAAGGCCAGCUGGCCGCGUGGAUGGUGCAGAGCUACUACGGAGCCAUGUUCUCGAUGCAAACUCGACCGGAGUUCCGCAGGAAGGGGUACGGGAUCUUCUUGGCGAGACGGCUGACCAAGGAGGUGGCGGCGCGCGGGUAUAAACCCUUCGUGGUGAUAAGACCGGAGAAUGACGCAUCGCGGUCGCUGUAUAUGAAGCUCGGUUUCGAACGCAAGUUUCGUACUGUGCGAGCCGUGCUACGCCCGCGUCCCUGCUAGUCCAGUAAAGUAGCAGAUUUUAUUUUUUUAAGACUUUUGAAAUCCAUUUAGCUUGCGGUCUUCGAUCGCGUAGCGGGUUAGUAGUAGCUUUAAGAUUUUAAUCUCGGUUAGUGCUCUCGUUUUUCGCCGCACGACUUUUAGGACUUAACGAUAUGAUCACUUUAGAUUUCAUUUAGGCAACCUUCAUGACAACGAAUGUACGAAUGGGUCUGUUGGUUUUUUAUGCCUUUGGUAUUAUUGAACUGUUUAUUAUGUGGUGAGAACGAGGGCAUUGACUUAUUAGUAGCGUGGGGCGCUGACUAGCGCGACUAGUUACCUGAACUGCUGAAAAGAUAUUAGCUCUUUUAGUCCAAUGUAUAAAAAAAUAUCACUUGUUGAUCGAGCGGGAACUAUUCUAUCUCAUGAUUAGUUUUUUAAAAUACUUUGUAGGUGAAACUUACUUAUAGCUGUAAACUGUCGAUGGAAUGCUUUAUGAUACCAUAGAGUUCCCGCGUAUUUCAUCCCACGGGAUAGUGGGAUUGUUAGUGACUUACCGUACGUAGGUAUUAAAUACCUGCGCUGUGUUGUUUAGGUGCAUAAGAAAUUUAGAUAAUUUAUCGGACAUGAGAAAGAAAUGUAACCGUAAUUGCACCGGAAUCAAGACAAAAUAUGAAUCAAGUUUAUAUUUCAAGUCAUAUACAUCUCGUAAAUAAUGUAUCAAAAGAAAGGAGGCGUUGGGACAGAAUCAUUUUGAAUUACUUUUCUUCUGUAACUUUUCGAACUUCGCGCAAGAAAAAUUGUUCAAAAUGAUCCCCUGAGUCACCUGGUAUCCGUUGGGCCACUACUAGCACAUAUUUACAUAAUUAUGAAUAUGUGUUAGAAAUAUAUAAAAGGUGUUAUAAUUUUAACAAAGUCGUUAAGAUUCAUAAUCUUAUUAUUCUGUGAAUUUAUGUUAAAAUCAUAUAUUGUUGUAUGAAUGUGUGUAACCUGAAGUAUACCAAUAAUUUAACGAAACUAGAUAAAAUUUCAACCACUGUUUCUUGCUAUUGUAUAACAAUAAGUAAAUAGCUUCUUUAUUUUAUCUAGUCUCGUUACCUUUAUCAUUACUAGUGCUAGACUAAGAGCGCCUCGGGUAAAUUAUAUCACAUAUUUUAAUAUGCAUCUAAUGAGAAACGCAUAAAAACUUUAUAACCAAAGAAUUUUGUAACUAAAGUUGCAAGAGAAGUCAACAGCUCUGUGAUUAACUUGUAAAAUAAUAUCGUUUGUAGAAUUUUGAGAAUGUUUUAGGACAGAAGAAUUUGAUAUGACGAAAUUAGAUAGGUAGAUAUUUUAUAUAUAUUGACGCAAAGCCACAACGACUGGGCGACAUAAGCAGCUAUUCUGUAUUGUUUUGUAUUUAGGAAUGUUAGCAAAAGUGAUACUCGUAUUGUAUAAUUUUCUGAAGUCCAAAGUUUUGUUCUGCUUUUGCACGUAAACACGAAAUAAAAUGUAAAAUUAUUGGCUAAUUAUUUGUCAAAAUUUGCUCAAUACUAUUGAGAGCUUCCUAUCGCUAUUAACUGUAUUAAUGAUAGUUUUCGUAAACGCAGGUUAGUCAAGUUUAGCUAAACGCCAAAUUUUUACGUGAUUGUAUAAUUUUACAUUAUUGGUCCUGUCUAACUCGAUGUUUUAGCUGAAAUACUUAGGUGAAAUACUUAAACCAUACAUGUUCAUAUAAGAAAGAUGAUGAUUUUUGUGAUAAACCGAAAACUUAUCAGAACUGCUUAUAAAUGCAAAACAGUAGUUUGAUACAAUUUGAGGGUUUUAUUUGUAUUUAGCUCACAACUGAGUUAAUAAUGAGUGAAUGAAUGUAAUUACAUGCUUAUAUUAAUAUACCACUAAUAAACAUAGCCAAACUAUCAUCUACAACUGUCUUUUACAAAAUAAAGUAAUAAAAACCAUUCAUUCUCUCUCUCACGCUGAAGGCUUAUCUUCAUACUUAUCGAGAAUCAAAUGAGUAGUACAAGUUGUCUUUAAAUAAGUGAAAUAAUUUAUGAAGGAGUAAUUACUUUAUUAUGGGUGCGUCCGUCCGAAAAUCACUGAGAUAUUUCGAGACAUAUGAAGUACGUAGAUGCCUAUUCCUGCCAACUCAUUGUAAAGCGAACUUGAGUUUGAGGUACAUAAUAUAACACCAUGCCUUGAUGUUGACUUUUGGGACAUCCUGUACAUGUAUAAUGUUGACCCUUAAGUAACCGUUAAGUUUGAGUAGAAAACAAACUCGCUUUCACAAAAUUUGCUGGCAGAAAUACGGUAUCCGCGGUGAUGUUGAAAGAAAGUCAAUAAAAUCAAAGAAACUGAGGUAA